AUUCUAUUGACGAAGUUGCCUUCUCCAGUUCCGGAAUCCGGGGCUGAGGAGGCGGAGUUCGGGGGGCGAAAGCCCGCUGAUGGCGAAGUAGAGAAGGAGAACACGGGCGUGAAGCCCAUGGAGGUGGCAACUGAAUUCGUACGGCCUCCGAGCUUAGACUCGGACUCAAGUGGGAGCGGCUCCACCGUACGAAGCAAGAAACUUUGGAGGAGGAACUCGCGCUCAAGGCACAGUUUGUCGCAAUUCACCAGCGACACCGACGAACCAGCGCCAAAGUCGCAAACGACUGACAGCAGAGGGAGAGGACGCCCGCCCUCAGUCGGCAAAUAUGUCGGCUUGAGGAAAGCUCAACUCGAGCGGGAUAAGCUCCAACGCGAAGAAGCGAAGAAGAGGGCCGACAAGGAGCUGGAGGACCGGCUCCAUUUCGUCAAGUCGCCGAUCCUUCCCAAGGCAUCAGAGACCGAAGAUGAGGACCGACCCGUGCUGAGGGAAGACCUAAGGCAGUGUGUCCAGGUGGUACGCACAACAGUGAGGAAAUCUGGCAACCUCAAAGGAACUUCCCAGAAGGCAUUAAAUUGGGUCACGAAUAAAAUUGCCAGGUUUGUUGACCAACCUGAGUCCGCUGUAAUCGCUCUUCUCGAGAGCGAGGCAAAGAAGUGGCAGGAGAAUUGUGCCCGGCUCGAGGCAAACAUGAAGACCAUCCAGGAGGAGAAUACAGCUCUGAAACGACGCCUCGAAGAGCUGGAGGCGGCCGCCAAAGGGCCGUCUACAGAGGAGAUGCUGGCGAUGGUCGAAGCGAGGGUCCAAGCCCGAAUGGAAUCGAUCCUCAUGGGCCCGGCGCAACGGCCCUCGCUGGCACACGAGAGGAAGGCCACUCCAGGAGAUGUUCAACUCCCAGUCAGCGAUGGCUAUGUUGGCGGAACCCAGGCCAUGCCGAGAAGAGAAAAAGGCAAAGGAAGGGGAAAAAAGACGGCCCAGCCCGCUCUGGCUCCCGCUCCUGCCCCCACUAUCCCCGCUCCCAUUGCUGGGCCUUCCAGCGCUCCGCCGCAAGCCGUAGCGGGCCCCUCUACAGUGGCGGCGUCGACACC